GACAACAACAACAACAACAACUUAAUUUACAGCUUGCUACGCUAGCUUGGGCUCGCUCAUAUUUUUUUGUUGUUUUUUUUUUGUUCGUGUGUGUUGUGUGUGUGUGCCUAUAACAUUUUGGCUUUAAUGACUUAAUUUUUUUUCCAUUAGCGAGAAAAAUUUGUGCCUUUGUUCCAAUUGGUUAAUCAACGAAUGUGUUCAUUGUUUUUUUUUCAUCAUCAUCAUCAUUUAGUUUAAGUUUUUUCCGCAUUUUUCUCUAUAGAUAACCAAACGACAAUGAGCUUGAAUAAAAAAAUGUCAAAUAAUAAUAGAACUAGAAAAUGUUCAUAUCCAUCGGAUCCCGGUGGUGGUGGUGGUGGUGGUGGUGAUGAUGGUGAUAAUAAUCAUCGUCCAUAUAUAAUGAAUCAACAUAAUAAUUCUCAUUAUCAACAAUAUGAUCCAACAUCAUUUAUACAUCCAUCUUUAUUAUCAACAACAAUGAAUAAUAGUACUCAACGAUUAAAUAAUGAUUCAUCAUCAUCAUCAUCAUCAAUAUGGUCAUUGGCCGAUUCUUGUGAUAGUAUUGAAUCUUCAAUACCUUCUCAUCAUCAUCAUCAUAAUAUACCUUCAUUAUUAUCAUCAUCAAUGAUCUCUAAUCAUCAUUCAUUAUUGCCAUUUAAUUCUCAACAACAUUAUCAUAAUCAUCAUCAUAUAUCACAUCCAUCAUCGAAAACAAAUCCAGCAUGGAUUAAAGUCAAACAAUCUAGUGCCAAAAGUCCUGAUAUUUUAACAAGGCCAUCAUGGUUUGAUGCAGAAUUAGCAUUGAAUCAAAUUGAAAAGGGCAAAGCAAAUGGCAAUGGUACAUCAUUAUGGUUACGUUUCAUGAUCCAAGCAAGAUUCUUUGAAUUAGGUUUAUGGAUACAACGGAAAGCCGGUGCCAUUAUGUUUAUUGCAUCAUUAAUAUUGGUUGUUUGUUUAGCUGGACUUAAAUCUGUUCAUAUUGAAGAUAAUGUAGAAAAACUUUGGAUUGAAGAUGGUGGACGACUAGAAAAAGAACUACAAUAUGUACGUAAUGUUCUUGGCGAUGGUUAUGGUACAACCGAUCAGAUAGUCAUACAAACACCUAAAAAUGAAUAUGGUACCGUUUUAAAUUCAUCGGCAUUAUUAUUUCAUUUGAAAGUGAUGCGUACAGCUAUCACUACCAGUGUUGAAAUGUUUGAUGCGACAUGGAAUCUUAAAGAUAUUUGUUAUACACCAAGUAGUCCUUACUUUGAUAAACAUCAUCUUGAUUCGCUUUUAGAAAAUAUUUUUCCUUGCUCCAUUAUUACACCAUUGGAUUGUUUUUGGGAAGGAUCUAAAUUACUUGGUCCAGAAAUUCCAGUGAAAAUACCGGGCUACAAUCAACAGGUACAAUGGACGAAUCUUAAUCCACAACAAAUGGUUGAUAUUAUGAUUACAUUGAUGAAACAAUCGAUUGAAUCAUCCGGUGCUACUAUUGAUAGUAAUAAUCAAAUUGAUAACAAUAAUGGUGGUAGUAGUUCUGGUAUUAAUCCAAUUCUUGAACCACUUGAAACAAUUAGAAAAUUUAUGAAACGUGCCGGUAUAACCAGUGCUUAUCAAUCAAAACCAUGUUUAGAUCCACAUGAUCUUAAUUGUCCAUUAUCAGCACCGAAUAAACAAUCAGGACAAUCACCAAAUAUUGGUUAUGAAUUAACCGAUGGUUGUUAUGGAUUUGCAACCAAAUAUAUGCAUUGGAUUGAAGAUCUUAUUGUGGGUGGUAUUGCUAAAAAUCGUUCUGGACAUAUAAUUCGUGCUAAAGCCUUACAAUCAAUCAUACAACUAAUGGGUGAACAGAAUCUAUUUGAAUAUCAUCAACGUACAAUUAAAGUUCAACAUGUAAUGGAUUGGUCAAUUGAUAAAGCACGUGCUAUUUUACACGCAUGGCAAAGAAAAUUCAGUGAAGAAUUGAAAAAAUUUAUGGUAGAAACAGAUUUUGUUGGUAGUCAACAAUAUGAUGUUCAUCAUUUUACCAGUGCAUCAUUGACAGAUAUAAUGAGAAAUUUUUCUCAAGUCAAUUUCUUUCGUUUAGCCAUUGGUUAUAUAUUGAUGUUAUUACAUGCUGGUUUAUCACUAUCAAGAUGGCGUAAUAAACAUCAUCAACGUUUAGAAAGAUCACAAUCAAUACUUGGUAUGUUGGGUGUUUUAUUGAUUGGUUUAGCCGUGGCUUCUGGUCUUGGUGUUUGUGCAUUGAUUGGUCUGGCAUUCAAUGCAACAACAACACAAAUUGUACCAUUGUUAGCAUCUGGUUUAAGUAUUGAUAAUAUGUUUUUAUUGGCACAUCUUUAUACUACGGAUUUUAUGAUUAAUUUUGUACCACAUCAGUAUCGAACUGCCGAAUGUUUGAAACAAGCCGGUUUCAAUAUACUACUAUCAUCAAUUGGCAAUAUUGUUGCAUUUUGUUCGGCAGCAAUUAUACCGAUACCAGCAUUACGUUGUUUUUGUUUACAAACAGCUAUUUUAAUUACAUUCACUUCUAUUGCUGUGAUUGUUUUAUUUCCAGCUAUUGCUUCGAUUGAUUUACGUUUUCGUAGUUUAUAUCUACAAUCGACGACAAUAACAAAUACACAACAGUAUCAACAAGUGAAAACAUCAUCAUUUUUGAUCAACAUGUGUUUUUAUCUAUUUUGUUGUCGUACACCACAAUUUCAGCAGCAGCAGCAACAACAACAACAACAGAAUAAUAAAAUUUUGAUAACAUCUGUAUGUAAGACACAUCCAGUUUCGAAUCUUCAACAACAAUCUAGUCAAACAUCAGAAAUAACCACCGAAUCAUCGAAAUUAUCAUCAUCAUCAUUAUUUAAACAACCAUAUCAAUAUAAACAGCCAUAUAAUUAUGCCUAUUUAAACAGUAUUCAACCAAUGACUAAUAAUCAUGAUAAUGUGAAAAGAAAUUCAUCAUCAUCGUCAAAAACAACAACAACAAUUUGCCGUUGUCAACAUCGAACAACAUCAUUUGUUUGUGAUAAUGAUAAUGAUGUCAAUGUUGAUGAUAAUGAAAUGAUACGACAAUGUAAUAAUUGUGGUGGUGAUUUACGUACACAAUGUGAUGGCCAAAAUAAUGAUGAUCAUCAUGAAGAAUUUCAAGAAACCACACCAAUAGCACCAUCAUUAUCAUCGGAUCCAAAACCACAAAUUUUUAAUAAAAUUCAAUCAGAUAUAUCAUCACUGAAACCAUCAACAAUUAAAUUAUUUAAAUUUUCUACAACACAUGUUAUUGAACAUUAUAUUGCACCAGUAUUGAAACGUCGUCCAAUAAAAGUUCUCGUACUUCUCUGUUAUCUUGUUUUGAUUGUAAUUUCAGUGAUUGGUAUCACAAAAGUUAAUGAUGGUCUUGAUCUUACAGACAUUGUACCACAUGGAACAAAUGAAUAUCGUUUUUUGGAAUUACGACGACAAUAUUUCAGUUAUUAUAAUAUUUUUGCUGUUACAAAAGGAAAUUUUGAUUAUCCAAAUGGUCAACGUUUAUUAUAUGAUUAUCAUCAAACAUUCAAUAGAAUCGGUGCUAUUAUUAAAAAUGAUGAUGGUGGUCUGCCAGAUUUUUGGCUACCAAUGUUUCGUGAUUGGCUAAAAGAAUUACAAGAUGCAUUCGAUUAUGAUCGCAAACGUGGCUGUAUAACACGUGAACGUUGGUAUCCAAAUGCAACAUCUGAAUCAAUUUUAGCAUAUAAACUACUUGUUCAAACUGGAAGGCCAGAUAAUCCGGUGGAUAAAUCAUUGUUGCUUUCAGCUCGAUUAGUUGAUAGUCAAGGAAUUAUUAAUCCAAAAGCAUUUUAUAAUUACCUAACGGCAUGGGUAUCAAAUGAUGUUAUGUCAUAUGGUGCUUCACAAGCUGCAUUUAAACCUGAACCACGUCAAUGGAUUCAUGAAACAAAUGAUGUUGAAUUGAAGAUACCGAAAUCACCACCAUUAAUAUUUACACAGAUACCAUUUAAUCUGAAUAAUAUUCGAUCGACUGAAGAAAUUGUUCAAACUAUCCAGGAUGUACGUAUGGUUUGUCAACGUUUUGAAGAACGUGGCCUACCAAAUUUUCCUACCGGUAUUCCAUUCACAUAUUGGGAACAAUAUCUUGGUCUUCGUUUCUAUAUGAUCGUAGCUUUACUGGCUGUUUUGAUUGGAAUUUUUUUCGCUACAUUAAUACUAACCUGUAGUCUAUGGACACCGAUGAUUAUUGUGGCACAUCUUGUCGUUAACGUAAUGAUUCUAUUCGGUUUUAUCGGUUGGAUCGGUAUUAAACUUAGUGCUUUACCAGCUGUCAUUUUGAUUGUAUCGAUUGGAAUAUCACUGAAUCCGUUGAUUCAUAUUACGAUUAGUUUCAACACAGCUUUAGGUAAUCGCAAUCAACGUAUGUCAAUGGCAUUGCAACAUAUGGCCAAUCCAGUAUUACAUGGAAUUGUUUCCACGCUUUUUGGAUUGAUAAUGUUAUCAUUUUCAGAAUUUGAUUUUAUCAUUAGAUACUUUUUCAUGGUACUUGGUGCAUCUAUUUUGAUUAUUACGAUCAAUUCGUUUAUAUUGUUACCUAUUAUAUUGUCAAUUAUUGGACCAAAAUCUGAAUUACAAUCAUUAGAACAUGAAGAUCGAAUUUCAACACCAUCACCACCACCAUCUCCGAUUAUAUUACCAUGGCCACCAUUAUCGAUAAAUCAACAUAAUCAUCAUCAUUCAAACAAUGGUGGUAUUGGUGGUCAUUCAUCAUCCAAUGAUCGAUAUAUAGAAGCACUAAUGCUAGAAACAGCUGGUAUAGGUCGUAGAAAUGGAAGAAAAUCACCAUCACUAAUUAAUCGUACACCAUCAUCAUUAUUUAAUCGUUAUCGUCAACAACGUAAAGAAUUACAAAGAAUGCAUUCACAAUUAAGUUUAUCAACGAUAUCGGAAGAGCCAUCAUCAUAUCAGUCAACACCAACACCGACAACAACACCUAUACCUCAUACGUUGAGCACACCAUCAUCAUCACAGCAAUCACAACCGAACAACGAAUAUAGCAACUAUACAACCGGCAGCAGCAGCACAACCAAUCGUUGUUCAUCCGGAAUUUGUUGUCGAAACAACAAUUACAAAUAAUAAUAAUAACCCAAAAACAUCGACAACACCUACUUCAGAGAUUGGAUCCACAACAACAACUGAUAGUCCAUCACCAUCAAUGUCA